AUGGGCUCCCGGCUGAGCCGGCAGAGCAGCCUGGAGGAGGAGAGCGGCGAGGAGCCCUGCCCCGGCAGGCUGGAGAGCGGCCGCGGCGACUUCCACCUCUCGUCCCUGCUCCUGCACCCGCAGAAGCUGCCCGGGGUGCUGCGGAAAGCCUCGCCCGCGCCCUACGUGCGGCGAGUGGGGUGGCUGCGGGAGAUCCAGGCCACCAUCCGCGAGCACAAGCGGGAGCACGCCGUGCACAUCCUCCGGCUGCUUAGGAAGGACCUAGGACUGGAAGGAACAUUUCUCAAUGAAGUGCUCUACAAAAAUGCAACUUUCCUCAACUUGGUGGAUCCCAUCUCCCAUGACCUGCUGAUGAGCCUUGCUAGAGAUCUGCAAUGUCCCAAAAAGGAAUAUGACCCCUGGAAAUCCUCAGACAGGAUCUGCAGGCAGCUGAUUUACCACCUCACCCCACACUCCAAAUGGCACCGGCACGGGAUGCCCCGCAGGAAGUCCCAAGUGUGCCUGAAGACCAGCCUGCAGAAGAAGGUGAGCCAGGACUCCAUGGAUUUGUCAGGGAUCCCCCUGACCACGCGGGAUGUCCACCGCAUGGCCUACUACCUGCAGAACAACGGGGACCACCUCACCUCGGUGGACCUGAGCUUCACGGAGCUGAACGAUGACACGAUGCGCCUGCUGCUGCCCUUCCUCUGGGCGCUGCCCAAACUCACUCACCUGUCCCUCAACGGCAACCGGCUGACGCGGGCGACCAUGAAGGAGCUGACUGACACCAUGAAGGACAUGAACAAGUUCCCUUGCCUGGCCUGGGUUGACCUCGGCAACAACGUGGACGUCUCCUCCAUGCCGCAGCCGCUGCUCGUGGGCCUGCGCAAGCGCCUCAGCCAGCAGACCACGCUGCCGACCAUCUAUGAGGCGCUUGACUGCGACUCUGAGAUCGCCGGCGGGCACGAGGGCAGCCAGCCAGAGGAUGAAGCAGCCGGAAGCGCCCCGCCACGUGCUUUUUCUCAGCAGGGCUGUGAGAGGUGA